UUUUACAGUAGUAUCAUCAUCCUAAUUGAACACGAUUCUUGUUGCUUUCAGACAUUUUCCAUCUUCUAGGGUUUUGCUUCUCAGCAAUUCCAGGAAAAUGGAAGUGAAAGCAAGAGCUCCUGGGAAGAUCAUCCUCGCAGGCGAACACGCUGUUGUCCAUGGAUCUACUGCAGUAGCUGCAGCCAUUGAUCUCUAUACUUACGUUACUCUUACCUUUCCUCCUCGAUCAGCUGAGAACAACGAUAGGCUUAUACUCCAGCUCAAGGACAUUUCGUUGGAGUUUUCCUGGUCCUUAGCCAGAGUCAAAGAAGCAAUUCCUUAUGAUUCAAGCACUUCGUGUCGUUCAACUCCGGCUUCAUGUACAGACGAGACCCUUAAAUCAAUUGCAGUUUUGGUUGAAGAGCAAAAUCUUCCAAAGGACAAGAUCUGGCUCUCCUCUGGGAUCUCCACGUUUCUCUGGUUAUACACCAGAAUUAUAGGGUUUAAUCCGGCUACGGUCGUCAUUAACUCUGAGCUUCCAUACGGAUCUGGCCUCGGUUCAUCAGCAGCUUUAUGUGUAGCUCUCACAGCUGCUCUUCUCGCUUCUUCUAUUUCAGACAAAACCCGUGGUAAUGAUUGGUCAUCUCUCGAUGAAACCAAUCUUGAGUUGCUAAACAAAUGGGCUUUUGAAGGCGAAAAGAUCAUCCAUGGGAAACCUUCUGGGAUAGACAACACCGUCAGUGCAUACGGCAACAUGAUCAAGUUCUGCUCAGGCGAGAUAACUCGGUUACAGUCCAACAUGCCUUUGAGAAUGCUGAUCACCAACACUAGAGUCGGGCGGAACACAAAAGCUCUUGUCUCUGGUGUGUCACAGAGAGCGGUGAGACAUCCUGAUGUGAUGAACUCAGUGUUCAACGCCGUGGAUUCUAUAAGUAAAGAGCUCGCUGCGAUCAUUCAAUCUAAAGACGAGACCUCAGUUACAGAAAAAGAAGAGAGUAUAAAAGAACUCAUGGAGAUGAACCAAGGUCUGCUCCAGUCAAUGGGGGUUAGCCACAGCUCGAUCGAGACUGUGAUCAAAACCACGGUCAAGCACAAGCUUGUCUCCAAACUGACAGGAGCUGGUGGCGGCGGCUGCGUCCUCACUCUGUUACCAACCGGGACGGUGGUGGACAAAGUUGUGGAGGAGCUCGAGUCCAGCGGUUUUCAGUGUUUCACAGCGUCGAUCGGUGGUAACGGAGCUCAAGUUUGCUAUUGAUCAUACUGUGAAAUCAUAUUUGGCCUCUCACCAUUCUUAAACUUGCAGACAUGUACUUCAAGAAGGCUGCAAUUAGAAAUCCAAAGAGUCAUUUUUUUUUCUUAUUACUGAUGUGUUAAAUGUAAAAUUGCUUUAUUACCAUGUGAAAAUGAUUUGAAAACAAGUAAUAAAAAUUUAAUUUUUGUCUU